UCGCGGAAAAACCGGAGGUUAUUAGUAGUUAUGUAACCAUGCCCCCGUAUGCCCCACUAUCGUUUGCUUCAAACUUCAGCAAUCUAUGGGUGAGAUUGAAGUACAUCGGAAACGGGGACCCCCCGACCCGUGAUUAUGUUGCUGAAGAGCUGUUAUUACAAACAUCAUGGCUGAAUGUGCAGGACAUAUACUCUUUCAUUGCUCUGCCCAGUAAACGGGAUUUUGAGCUGUGUUUCACCCAAGAGGCGCCUUUACGUCGCUUCUUAGAGAUCUCUCUCUCCAACGCAUCACAUCCGAAAUGGAAAGACUGGCAAGUGGAAUCUUCUGUCCAGGUAGAGGUAGUGACUCUUGUUGUCAAAUUCUGGACUGGAAGGAUUCCAGACCAAGAUAUCGAGCUAUAUCUUAAAAGGUACUGCGAGAUUCUUCAACCCCCAGUCAAGCCAGUGGAUAAAUUCGGCCUCUGGUAUGGAGUACGAAAGUACAAAGUUCGGAUGCGUAGAGAUGAAGCUGGACAUAUUAUCUCCAUCCCUAAUUCCAUCUCGUUGGGCCCCUAUAAUGGCAGGAUUAUCUAUCCUGGCCAAACGGUGAGGUGCUUCAUCUGCCAAGAUCCAGACCACCAGGCGAGAGAAUGCUCCACUAUUAAAUGUUGGAAAUGUGGUGAGUUGGGCCACAAGGCUAAAAUUUGUCUAAAUGAAAGUGAGUGCUCCCUCUGUGGUGCGAAAGGGCACACUUUCUUUAAAUGCCCCAAGUCCUUUGUGAAUAUACUGAAAUCUUCCCAACAACCUCGACCUUCUGACACCAUGGAUUUCCCUUCUUUGGAGGAUCCUUCUCAAGUUAUGGAUCCCCCCGUGAAUAACCAGGUGAGAGAGCCCCCCCUCUCUCCUCCUCUUCCCUCUCCUCCUCUUCCCCCUCCCCCGACGGCAGUCCCACUGCCACUCCCAGUUUCGUUUGGAUUGGACAACCCACAAGUGGAUGAUCAGGAUAACCAGUCUAGCCCUGUUCAAAAUGAGUUACCAUCUCCACUGUCUCAGUCAAGUAAAAAAAGUGACGAGAGUAAUGAAGAGCUAGAUGGUAACCUAAUCAUAGAGACAUCUGAUGGUGAGAAUAAAAGUGAUAGUAACGACGAGGAAAUUGACAGCGAGCAGACACCUGAGGACGACGGAGAUAGCGAGGACCAUGGAUCCUUCCCUCUCACAGAGGCGGCAUCUCUGGCUCUUGCUUCGCUGCCUGAGGAAACGAAAGGAAAACGGAAGACUUUCUUUAGUGGAAGUCACCCGGCCCUCGAUGAGCUCGUCAACGAGGAUACGAGAGGAGGCAGAAAAAGGAGCGUUUCUGCUUCUAGCUGUGGAAGAGAUAAGCGGAAGGAUAAUAGACCAAGUCCUCCAUCUGCGGAGAAGACGAACAAUGGACCUGAAACUUGGGAAAGUUUUCCCCUGGAACGUAUUGAAACUGUAAGUUUUAAAAGUGCUUUGUGGACUCGGAUGCUGGAUUCUCCUCCUUGUUUUUCCUUUUUCCUUAAUGAGUGGUGUGUGAUCAUGGUUUUGUAUAUGUCAUUGUAUGUGUAUGUACAUUUUAUAUGUAAUUUUGUAUACUUUAAAUAAAGUGUUAAAAAAAAAAAAA